AUGUCUCAUGCGCUUACAGUACCAAAAUGCAAGGCCAAGCCCAUUGCUGAACUUGUUUCUCUGCUCAGUAAACAGGAAAGAUUUGUUGAAUCAGAAACGCUACUUUCUACUGCGGUUUCGAGGCUGAAGUCAAAUGAAAGAGACUUUGCUCUUUUCCUCUGCAAUUUGGUUGAAUCAAAUUCUAAACAAGGAUUCGAUGAAGCCUGUUUUCGUUUAAGAGAGAUAACAAGAUCAUCGUCAGUUUAUGUCAAAACUCAAGCUUACAAGUCUCUGGUUGAUGGAUUAUGCAACAUGGACCAGCCUCAUGAUGCAGAAAGAGCUAUCCAGGAGAUGAGAAUGGAAAAAAGAAAGCCGGGAUUGUUUGAAUAUAAGUCUGUUCUAUACGGGUAUGGAAGAUUGGGAUUGUUUGAUGAUAUGAACAGAGUAGUGCAUAGAAUGGAAACCGAAGGUCACAAAAUCGACACAGUUUGUUCAAAUAUGGUUCUCUCUUCCUAUGGAGCUCAUGAUGCACGUCCCCAAAUGGGUUCUUGGUUACAGAUAUUUAAGGGUUUUAAUGUUCCUUUCUCCAUAAGGACGUAUAACUCGGUCUUGAAUUCUUGUCCUACCAUCAUAUCACUGUUGAAAGACUUGGAUAGCUGUCCGGUUUCUCUUUCUGAACUGCAUACUUUUCUGAAUGAGGACGAAGCGCUUCUGGUCCAUGAAUUGACUCAGUCAUCAGUUUUAGAUGAAGCAAUUGAGUGGAACGCGGUAGAGGGUAAGUUGGAUUUACAUGGUAUGCACUUGAGCUCAUCGUAUUUGAUAUUGCUGCAAUGGAUGAAUGAGAUCAGACUUAGAUUUAGCGAAGAAAAGUGUGUGAUUCCUGCCGAGAUUGUAGUUGUUUCUGGAUCCGGAAAGCACAGCAAUGUUAGAGGAGAGUCACUGGUAAAAUCGCUGGUUAAAAUAAUGGUGCGUACUGGAAGCCCGAUGAGAAUUGACCGGAAGAACGUCGGUAGUUUUAUCGCUAAGGGAAAAACUGUAAAAAAAUGGCUAUGCAAAUGAAGUUAUAACUGUGAAUUUUAAUCACUGGAUUCACAAGUACUUAGUUCUGCUUACAAGUUCUCAGUGAAAAAGAGAAGAGUACAUUAAAAUUUUGUAUGAUAUGACAAAACCAGUAAAAUAGAGUCGCCUAGUUUUUACAUUGCAUUAAAAAAAAAAA